GGAGUUUCAAACUUCUUGAGCGCGGUCACUACAUACUAGAUUCAACAGUUCAAGGCGAAGUACCUUUGACCUUUGUGCCAAAGGGCAAACGCGCUGAAAUGUCAUUUAACGGAUAUGAGGAUCCACCAGCUUGGGGAGAACCAGAACCUUCGACAGGAGAUAUCGUGAAGGAUGCCAUCAGGAAAGAACAGGUUUUGAAAGAGAUUGCAGCUGCACAAGGGGACCUCCAGUCUCUGGUCACUCGUGUGCAAACGGUGCAGGGAGAUGUGGAUAAAUUGACAUCAGAGAAUGGAACAUUGCAAAUGUACAUUGAUAACUUGACGAUGCAAAUGGCCAAGAGAAGAUGAAAUUUAUACUGGAGACCUCGCCUACAGACCUGUCUGCCAGAUACCAAUAAUCCAGUACCGGCGAACGCGAGACAACUCCCCGAAAGCAAGUAAUCUGGUAACGUUUUCUAGUGACAGUCGUGAUCUACUACGCGGUCUUAUCAUUUUCGUGAAAU